UCGCGUGAAUUGUGCGCCCCUCGAGAUACGCCGUGCGACACUCGAGGCUGGGAAGGGGCGCCCAGUUCACAUUGAAGUCUCUGGUUGGGAGUCAGUUGAGGCUGAGCAUUUCACGGUGUGGAUCUUUUUGUUUGUGAACCCAAAAUAUUUAUUGCUGAAAGAGCGCGCGCACAGUGCUGUUGUCAAAAUUGCAUAGGCAAUAAUAGAGCUAGCACGCCGAAAGCCAAACUCUGUCGCUGGGCAACUGCUGGUGAAUGUGCGCUGAUAGUGGCCGAAAGGGUGAGGACAAUUCGUGGAUGUUUGCGCGGCGCGGCGAUUUGGGGUCUGCUCGAUUAGCAUGUUUUUCCUAAUAUACAUCGCGGCAUUUGUUGCUCUCAGCACUGUUUACUUUCGCCUGAGACACUGGCGACGGUAUGAGCUGGUGAGGAAGUUCCCAGGACCGCCAACGGUGCCACUCUUCGGCAAUGCCCUGAUGUACUUCAACAAGAAGCCCGAGGAUGUGCUGAACUUCGUACAAAGCAUGAUUAAUGUGUACGGAAAGCUGUUCAGGGUGUGGAUUGGUCCCUACCAGGUGGCCUUCUUCUCCACGGAUCCCAAGGAUCUGGAGGUCAUGCUCAGCAGCACGAAGCACAUCACGAAGAACAAUCUGUACAACUUCCUGAAGCCCUGGCUCGGCACGGGUCUGCUGAUCAGCACGGGACAGAAGUGGCACACUCGCCGGAAGAUAAUUACGCCGACGUUCCACUUCAAAAUUCUGGAGCAAUUCACGGAGGUGUUUAAUCGCCAAGGAAGCACCCUCGUGAGGCUGCUGCAGAAGCACAGCACCGGCGAGAGCUUCAAUAUUUAUCCAUUCAUUAAUCUGUACGCCCUCGACGUCAUCUCCGAGUCAGCGAUGGGAAUUGAGCUGAACUCGCAGACAGACUCGGGCUCUGAAUACGUGAGGGCGGUCUCUGAGAUAUCCCAGAUAAUGAGCACGAGAUUCAUUAAGGUGUGGCAGAGGAUUGACUUCCUGUUCAAUAAUUUCGUGUCGACCAAGAAGGAUCAUGAUCGAUGCAUACGAGUGAUGCACAACUUCACCGAGAACAUCAUCCGGCAGCGCCGGGAGAAGUUGAUUGAGAUGCUGUCGAAGGAUGAGAGGGACGCCGGGGUGGCGACGAAGGGUGAGGAUGAGGAGGAGAGUGAGUUCUACGAGAAGAAGCGAUUGGCGCUGCUCGAUGUGCUGCUGCAGGCGACAGUUGACGGAAAGCCUCUGUCUAAUGAGGAUAUCCGGGAGGAAGUGGAUACUUUUAUGUUCGAGGGUCACGACACCACAACUGCCGCCAUGACCUUCGCCCUGUACGCCAUCUCCCGCCACCCGGACGUCCAGAAGCGACUCCAGCAGGAGCUGCAGGAAGUGCUGGGCGCCGACAGGAACGCACCUGUGACGUAUCGCCACCUCCAGAAUCUCAAAUACAUGGAGCUGGUGAUUAAGGAGACACUGCGGCUCUACCCACCUGUCCCCAUCUACGGGCGCCGCAUUGAGGAGGACAUGGAAAUUAAUGGAAAAAUCAUUCCUGCCUAUUGCAAUUACACGAUGGGAAUUUACUUCAUGGGACGCGAUCCCAAUUUAUAUCCAGAGCCAGAGCAAUUUAAGCCUGAGCGAUUCAGCCUGGAGAACACCACAGAGAUCACUAAUCCAUUUGCUUAUGUGCCAUUUUCUGCAGGACCGCGAAAUUGCAUUGGCCAGAAGUUCGCGAUGCUGGAGAUUAAGAGUAUGCUCUCGAAGGUGCUGAGUCACUUUGAAUUGCUGCCCUGUGGACCGGAGCCACGAAUAAUUGCGGAAAUUGUGCUCCGCUCCCAGAAUGGUGUUCACCUGGGACUCAAAUGUAGGAAUUAAUUGCCACUUUUAUGUGCCCCAAAUGGUGGUGGAGUGUGGGUGGGGAUAUUUAAGUCUCUUUGUGCACUUGGUGCACUAUUUUCGGGUUAUAGGUGGGCGCGCUGCUAUAUUGAAGUGUCUCUCUCUGCACAUCUCUGCUCUUAAUGUGGGUGGGAUGUGUAAGUGAGACGGGUGGCCCGAUGAAUGGGUCUGGCGAGAGAAUGGCAAUUGCGGCGACCGCGAGUGUGAGGUGAUAUAAUCGAUUACCCCUAUAUUAUCUUCUUCAUGGCUGCUCCGCAGGACUCUUUUCCAUGCCCACCCAAUGGGCAGAUAGUCCGCCUGAAGUCUGUACACCACUCAUCAUCAGCACUUUCACCACUUCGACAGUGCCUGAAACCUUACGCUUCGCAGCAUUUUCAGCACUUUUUACACUUCUUGAGCUCAACAUUUCAUUGAAGGAAUUUUCAAUAAAUCGCAAGGCUAUGAAGAAGAAACUCUGUUUGAAAAUACCGAAAAACAGUGUUUUGUAAAACAUCUUGAAGAAUUCUGAAGCACUUGGGAAAAGCAGUAAAAUUGCUGUACACCACCUCAGAUCACAUUGUCUCACCCUUGUGACCGCCGCGAUUUCCGCCACGACAGAGGAGAAACAUCGGCAGCGCAAUUGGGAAAAGAUGAUGGCAAAGAUUGAACAUUGUUCAAAUGCUGUAAUGAAAAUAAAUUAAUUAUUUUAAGUGGCACACACUCGAA